AUGGCAGUAUCAGACCAAAAGACGGCACCCAAAUCUACACACGUAGCCGAUCCUGCGCUUGCGCCAUUCCUCCAGGAACGCUUUGACCCUGCCGACUAUCUCAAUGCCACGCUUCCAUCGCUCUCGCUAGCCUCCAGGCCAAAGCCCGGCAGUGCCGCUUCGUUGGCUGAGCUCUCUUCGCAGACGCAAGACCUCCUUUCGCAGCUCAAUGCGCAUACAACGCGGCUAUCGGCGAUACUGACACAGUUGACCGAUGACAUAUUGCGAAGCGGUGGGCGACUGGCUUACGAGGUCGAGGUGCUGCGGGGAGAGGCGAUAGGGCUUACGGAAACCCUGACAGAUGGAUUGAAGAGCGAUGUCCAGAGAUUCUUGCCAGGUGGCAUCAAGGUGAACACAGAAUCAAUAGACGAUGGUGUCGCAAGCCCGGCAGCCAUACCUGCAGAUGCACAAGAUGGAGAUCAACGGCCGCCGAUGGCGUUGGUAGGAGACAAAGACACUACACCGGAAUACAUUUCCGACCUCCGAACUCUCAGUACGGUCCGCUCGCGGCUCGAGACAGUGAUCAAGGUAUUCGGUGAAGCCAUGCACUGGACAUUACCGCCGUCCGAGGUGUCCCUGGGCGCCUCCCUCAUCAGUGUCUCAGCUCCUGAGCCCGGCACAGACAACGCCUCCCGAGAGCAAAAGGGCAAGGAGUUUGCUGCCUCACUACGCUCCGAGAUUGCCGAUCUCAUCACCGGUGAUCCUGAAGGUGGCAUAGAGAAGGCCGAGGCACGGAUACAGGCGCUAAGAGACCUGGCGCGGGUCUGGAAGGGUACAGCAGAGGAGAAGGCAAGAACAAAGUUCGUCGAUGGUCUCGUCAAGCUGGCGGAAGAGAAGCAAAGAGAGCAGGAAAAGGAAAAAGACGAGGACAAGGAACGAGGUCAGCAGAAGCCAGCUAGGAGUAGCAGUGUGUCAAAGCCACAACAGCAGCCUCAGCAGCAGAAAAGCGGUGGGUUCCUGGAGAAUUUACAGAGGAUACGAGGUUUCGUGGAAUGAAGAAUGCUUCUACCUAGUCUACGAUCGGCGUCUCUGUAGGUGAUCACGUGAACACGUGUGGUAUUUCGGUGAAACACAGCGGCAAAAAGCACGUCGAUCUUCACCUACGUCAGAGGUAGGAAUUGCUGCAUGAUCAUCGGGUCAAGUUAUUGCUGGCUAGUGUCUAACCAGAGCAAGUCACGAUAGUACAUCACCAUCGCGAGCUAUCCUCAUGCCACUGAGUAAAUCUAAAACGUGCGUGAUUAUUCUCAUUCCACAUA